AUGGCUAUUAAGCUGGUUGUGGGAGGGUUUACUUUAACUGUAAUUAGUGCUUACGCACCUCAAGUGGGUUUGGACGAGGAGAUUAAGAGGCUCUUCUGUGAAGAAUUUGACGGGUUGGUACGUGGCAUUCCGCUCACCGAGAAGUUAUUCAUUGGAGGUGACUUCAAUGGUUACAUUGGGGCGACAUCUGGUGGGUAUGACAAUGUGCAUGGAGGCUUUGGCUUUGGAGUUAGGAGCGGAGGAGGUACGUCGUUGUUAGACUGUGCUAAAGCUUUUGAUUUGGUGAUUCCUAACUCGUGUUUUUCGAAAAGGAAGGAGCACUUGGUUACAUUCAGGAGUUCGUUGGCCAAGACUCAAAUUGAUUAUCUAUUCUUCCGGAAGUGCGAUAGGAGUCCGUGCAUGGAUUACAAGGUUAUACCAAGCGAUAAUCUCACGACUCAGCAUAGAUUAUUGGUGGUGGACUUAGAGAUCGUGAGGAAGAGGAGGAAGAGGGUCGUGUAUGGUCAACCCAAGAUCAGGUGGGGUGCUUUGACUAGUGAGUAA